CAAGCAGCUAGUUUCUUCUUAUUUGGUUUUGAAACCUGUUCAACAACUACGGCCUUCGCGUUGUAUCAACUCGCGGUACAACCUGAGAUUCAAAAAACUCUGCGAAAAGAGCUUCUCAAACCACUCGAGAAAUCUAAUGGAAAAUUACAUUAUGACAUGAUACAAACGUCAUUACCGUAUCUCGAUAUGAUGGUAUCAGAAACUUUGAGAAUGUACCCGCCAUUGGAGUUCCUAAAUCGCAUAGCUAUGAAAAAUUAUAAAGUGCCGGAGUACGAUCUUGUAAUUGAGGAGGAUAUACCGGUUUACAUCUCGAUACUUGGCCUACACUAUGAUUCGGAAUAUUUCCCCAAUCCCGAUAUAUUCGAUCCAGAGCAAUUUAAGAAAAGGAACAAACGUGAGAGACCGUCAGGCGUCUAUUUACCAUUCGGAGGAGGCUCACAUGAGUGUAUAGGUCAACGCUUCGGGCUUUUACAAAUAAAGUUAGCAUUGCUUAUGAUCUUGAGCAAAUACGAAGUGGAAUCGUGCGAGGAAACUUCGGUAAAAAUUGAUCCAAGGGUACUCAUGACAUUGCCGUUAAACAAUGUAUUAUAUCUCAAUGUCCGAAAACUUAACACUAAUGCUAUUUAAAACUUGACGGAAUACUUUUUUAGACGAAGUAUAUACUAUUAUCUUUUUAUGGACUCAAGCAGCGUUUUGAUAAGAAAUCUGUGAUCGAAUGUAAAAAUUAAUAGAAAUAAAUAUGUUGUGCUGGAUGUU